AUAGGAUUUUUCUUCGUUUUUUCUUUCUUUCGAUCUUUUCUUACGAUUCAAUGAUUGAAUUUAAUAAAAAUUACUCAGAACUCAUCUUAUUUAUUGCUUGCGAUUGGAUCAACGAUCAACAACAUGAAUUUUUACAAGUCCAAAACUGUGAUAAGGAUGGCUGAUUGUUUGGGUACGGGUCGGGGUCUGUGGUCGAGCGUCACUGACUUUAUUUAUUUUUUUUUUGAUGCAAAAGUGAAAUAAAAUAAUUUAUUUGAUAACGAAUUAAUUUUAAUCCUUUCAAGUUGUUUGAAAUUUGAAAAAAUACUAAUCGAAAAAUUUAAAAUUCGCUUGUCCAGUUUGCUUUUACCAUUAGUGGGACAUCUUGUGUAGCUUCUUGAAUUUCAAGAUAAAAUUAAAUCGGAGUAUUCUAUAUCAAAAUGGUAGAGGGUCCUGAGACGAUGAAAUCGAAGGAAGCUUCGGUUGGAAAAAAUGAUCUUUCCAAGAGGAAAGGGAAAGAAGAUAAACAACCGACCAAGGUUGUCAUUCGUAAAUUGCCACCGAAUGUAACCGAAAAUUCAUUUUUGGAGUUCACAUCUCCAUUGUUUGAACAUGAUUACUUUUAUUACGUCCAAGACGAAAAUCCAAGCUUUGGGGAUCAAAGUUUUUCCCGAGCUUACAUCAAUUUCAUCAAUGUCCAUGAUGUAUAUUCAUUUACGCAAAAAUUUGACGACUAUGUUUUUAUCGAUGACACUGGACAAGAAUACCCAGCUGUUGUGGAAUACGCGCCAUUUCAAAGAAUUCCUAAAAACCGAGGAAAUCGAAGAUCAGAUUCUUUGUGUGGAACUAUUGAAGAAGAUUCAGAUUACAUGGAAUUCGUUCAACAAUUGGAAUCGGAAAUUCAGGAUCAUAAAACUUCUCAAAUAACUGAACAUUAUUUUGAUUUAGCAAAUGAUGAUAACGAAGAAAAAGUUACCACUACUCCGCUAAUCGAAUUUUUAACAUCCCGAAAAAAUGAGUAUAUCAAAUACAAAGAAGAAAAAAAAGAAGAACGUCGUAGGCGUGACACUGAAAGAAAGAAGUUCAAAGAGGAAAACAGAAGAAUAAAAAAAGAAAAAGAAGCUGUAAAAGCAAAAAUUGUCGAAAAAUCUAAAGAAGAAAAGAAAACUCAAGAUGGUAAGAUUUUCGAAGAAUUAACGUCUUCGGGCAGUAGAGUACGCGGGAAAAGCUAUCAAGAAGAGCGUCAACGAGAUUUGGCUCGGCGAAAAUUGGAUGAAAAAUGUUCCAAAGUUGACGACAAUAAAGAGAACAGUAAAAGCGUCACCACCGAAAAAUCUGAAAAUGAAUGCGAAAAAAGUCCGGAGGACAACGAUUUGGUGAAAACCCAAGCUCGUGCCAAUUAUAAAGAUGGCGAAUUUAACAAGAAAAGUCUCGAAGAUAAAAAAUCUCAUCACGAAGAAGAUCGGAAAUCCCAUUAUCAUUCUCGCGAUAAAGAAGACAAAAAACAUUUUUACGGUGUCAAGAAACGCGAAUUUGUUGGCGGAUACGAUUACGACGGAAAAUACAACAAAUCGAGUAAAAGCGGUAAUUAUUACUACGACGAUUACAAAAGUAAAAGUCACAGUUCUUAUCAAAAAAACGCGUUUGUAAGUAAUAAGUUCGGUAAAAGUAAGGAAUACUACGAGGAAAAAAAUUCGAAACAUUACGAUGGUAAAUCUAAAAAAUACGAACAUGCCGAUUAUAAAGAUAGGAAAAAUCAUAAAGAAUACGAUAAGAAACACGUUUCAAAAACAGGAGACAGCGCUUUAAAUUUGGAGGUGAAAACCGAUAAGCCCGUAAAAAAAAGCGAGUCGAAUGAUAGAGAAAUUAAUAACGCUUCAAAACCAGAAAGGAUGAGUCGCAGUUCUAGUAAAGAUAAUGAUAACCACUCUGGAAGUACUUCCGAAAUUGAAGGUUCCAAAUCUAAGGAUACCAGAAAAGAAAUAAAAGAGAAUGAUCCUCGAGCUGAAAGAAGAAUAAAAAACAAGGAUCGUCCUGCUCUUGAAAUAUACAGACCCGGAAUGGGAAAAUUCAGUCGUCAACGAUUAGAACGCAAUAAAUCCAAUGAAAGUAAAGAUUGUGAUUAAUCGUAUUUCACGAAUGGAGCUUCGAGGUGUUUGGUGUAAUGAAAUCACGUACUCUGCCUCUGAAAUUUGGAAUUGAAAAUCAUUGCCCAACAUAUCGAUUUGGAGUGGUGUAGGAAAAGUUGAUAAUUUUAUUUUUCUCGUGUAACGAAAGAUGAUUUAUUGUGCUGUAAAAUGUCUAAUUCUGUCGUCGAACGUAAUAUUAUAUUCUCCAUAUGUUUUGUUUCGUAAAUAAUUUUAAAUAAAUGUCGCGUGUCGUAUUAGAAAUUUCAAGUGAACUCCUGCGCUGUAAUACCGCAGCAUUUUGAAUUACACGAGUACGCAGGAGUAUUAUUCUACAUCUCGAUUAGAAUGUUUUCGUUUUAAUAAAUACAUUAUUUUGAUGUC